AUGGCCCUCAGGCAUGACGUCACGAACAUGGACAAUACAUUCCUCCCCGCAGACCCUCCCCCAAUCUCCGAAAUCAUAUACGAACCACGAACAGACUUAGCUACGGAAUAUUUUAACACUUUUAAUCAAAUAUGUGAGAACUAUCGAAGUGAUUCUGACGUCAAUCUUCGGCAAACUUCGGACAGUCUUCGGUUAUCUUCGGAGAUACUUGACGGUGUUCGGUCCGAAUAUGUUAGUUCGGACUUUACUGGCAAAGACUUUGAAACAAAUGCUCAGAAAGUGUUUUUGAGUGCGAAGGAUGAGCAGAUCUUCCAGUUUGGACAGCCUGAUGCCUCGGCUCUGUUGAGGCAUAGAGCAAGAAGAAGAUACAAUGAGGAGCAUGGUCUGCAGCCACCGGCUACUACUAGUCAAGAAAGUGGGUACGGCAGCGAUGAGUUCGGGCACGACUCCCCGAGCCGGUACGCGUCCCCCAAGGGGGCCGGCGCUGGAGCCCCGUACCAGGAGUACUACGCGGGCGGUGAAUGGGGCGCGCCUUAUUACCAGCCGCCGCCGGCCUACCAGCACGACCCCUAUGCUACGUCGCCAGGUAUAGCGGGUGCUCCGGUGGGCGAGGCGGGCGGCGGUGGGGCGGAGCUCCCCCUACCCCCGAUGUCCUCGUUCAGGGCGGCCGCGCCCCACCACUCGCCCACAGACCCCAUGCUGGUUGCUAAGCCGCCUUUACAACCUAUGUAUGGCGGCGCGAGCACGACCCCAGCAGUGGGUGCGGUGGGCGGCGCGGAGGCAGGGGGCAGCCUGUCGUCGUACGGCUCGUCCCCCUCCACCCCCGUGCACUCCCCCCCGCCCCUACACGCCCGGCUCUAUCCCCCGCUCAAACAUACCGCGCACCAUCAUCAUCACCAUAACGGACAGCAAUCAAACUGGGUAUCAUCAGGGGUGUCGUCCCCUCCGUCGGCGUCGACCCCCCACGCCCUGGCGGCGCCCGUCCUACCCAACGGCCACCACGCGCCGAUGCCCGUGUUCCAGCCCACUGGAAUGGGUGCUCGCAUGGAGGAGCGGCUGGACGACGCCAUCAACGUGCUCCGCAACCACGCGGAGGCGCCCGACCUCUACCCACAGGACCUGCAUCAUCAGCCGCCAGCGGCAGUAUCCCGGCUGGGAGUGGGCGGCGCGCUGCUGCAGUCCGAGCCGCCCGUCAAGAUGGAGCGCCACGUACUGCCCAAUACUAAGAAACGCAAAGAGCCCCCGGACUCAGGCGUGGAAUCGAAGCCGUCAUCGUCAGGGUCAGCGGACGCGCUCGCGAACAAACCGCCGAACAGCAAACGUUCGAGGCGAUACUCGACCAACCCUGCAAUGCCCAGCUGUUCAUCUGCUGAUGAAGAUGAUAUGGACCCUGACACGAAGGCGGCGCGAGAGAGAGAGAGGCGACAGGCUAACAAUGUUAGAGAGAGGAUAAGGAUACGAGAUAUAAACGAGGCGCUAAAGGAACUCGGCAGAAUGUGUAUGACUCAUUUGAAGAGUGACAAGCCACAGACCAAGCUUGGUAUACUCAAUAUGGCGGUCGAAGUCAUUAUGACGCUUGAACAACAAGUCAGAGAACGCAACUUGAACCCGAAGGCAGCGUGUUUGAAGCGACGCGAAGAGGAGAAGGCGGAAGAAGCGCCCAAGUUGCUGCCUGCACCCCUACAGCACUACCAACCCAUGCCGGGCAUGGGUCAAUUGCCAGGCCAACCACCCACAGGCGGCCCCCCUCCGCAAUAG